AAUGGAAAUCCAUCUGACAAACAAACGUCCAAAACCUGGUGAUGGUUGGCAGCGGUGGUUGGUGUGCCUGGUCCUGCCCGUCCCGUGACUUGAGAGAGUGACCACCGCCACCACCAGUGAUCAGCGCUCCUCAACACUCCUGUGACGCGACCCAGAGUGACGCCAUGGCUCAGCCCUCCCUCGCAGCUGCCCUCCCUGAGGACAUAGAUAGAGGUGUGGCCGGGGCAACAAGUGUGCUGGUGCAGCGGGCCAAUGAGAUCCGCAUGCAGAAGGUCAACUGGCCGUCGUACCUCCAGUCACAGAUGAUCAGCCAAGAGGACUAUGAGGUGAUCAUUGCGGUGGAGAUGCCUGGCCAGAACCGUGCUGCACUGCUCCACAACUACCGCCUGCAGGUGGCCCGCACCUUCAUGAACCUGCUGGGCCACAUCAGCAAGGACCAGACCAUCCAGUACAUCCUCAUCCUGGUGGACGACAUCCUCUCUGAGGACAAAGGGCGGGUGGAGAUCUUCAAGGAGUAUGCCCGUAAACACAAGGAGAGCAUGUGGAGCCCCUUCCUCAACCUGCUGACCCGCCCUGACACCUUCAUCAUCAACAUGACAGCUCGCAUCAUUGCCAAGCUGGCCUGCUGGUCCCGCGAACCGAUGGACGGCUCCGACCUCACCUUCUACCUCACUUGGCUCAAGGACCAGCUCAGAACUCCGAAUAACGAGUACAUGCAGUCAGUGGGUCGGUGUCUACAGAUGAUGCUGAGGGUGGAGGAGUAUCGUACCAUCUUCUACCAGCUGGAUGGAGUGGUCACCAUUGUGCAGGUGUUGAGCUCUGGAAAACUGAACUUCCAGAUUCAGUACCAGCUCACCUUCUGCCUGUGGGUGAUGACCUUCAAUAAUGCCAUCGCCGAGAAGAUGAACAAGUACAGUGUGAUCCCCACCCUGGCAGACAUCCUGAGUGAGAGUGUCAAGGAGAAGGUGACUCGCAUCGUGCUGGCAGUGUUCAGGAACCUCAUUGAGAAGCCUGAGGAUCCUGCCAUUGCCCGGGAGAACUGCAUUCAGAUGGUGCAGUGCAAGGUGCUGAAGCAGCUGGAGAUUCUGGCCCAGAGGAAGUUUGAGGAUGAAGACAUCACUGCUGAUAUUGAGUUCCUGAAUGAAAAGUUGCAGAACUCCAUACAGGACUUGAGCUCAUUUGAGGAGUACUGUUCUGAGGUGAAGUCGGGCCGCAUGGAGUGGUCACCAGUGCACAAGAGUGAGAAGUUCUGGCGGGAGAAUGCCGGUCGCCUUAACGAGAAGAAUUAUGAGCUGCUGAAGAUCCUCAUCAAUCUCCUGGAGACAAGCAAAGACACACUGGUGCUCUCGGUGGCGUGUCACGACAUCGGGGAGUACACACGUCACUACCACCGCGGCAAGAGGGUACUGGAACAGCUUGGAGGGAAGCAAUGGGUGAUGCAACAUCUGACGCACCAAGACCCCAACGUCCGCUAUGAGGCACUGCUUGCUGUACAGAAACUCAUGGUUCACAACUGGGAAUACUUGGGGAAGCAGCUGGAGAAGGAUGCACAGCAGAGCACUCCAAGAACCUGAUCAGAUUGUGUGGUCACAAUCACAGGUAACAUCCAAGUACUGUCUGGUUGUGUUGCAGAUAAUGUUGCCAGUUAACUGUUGUGAUGUGUGUGUUUCUUUCAGAUUGUGGAAUAGAAUGUUAUGUUAUGCUGUAUAACACUGUGGAUGUUAAUAUCUGAUUGGUGGUGUAUUAUCAGAUUACAGUUUUAAUAUUGUAAUGUAAAGAUGUUUUAGCCUUCUGUUGUAGAAUUGUUAAAAAUUAGUAUAUUUCAUGUUGGGUAACAUGGUUGUGGGGAUUAUAGAGGAUUAACAUUCCAGCAGAAGUAAAUAUAGUGAUAUGGAGAACAUUAGUGGUACAACAAAGGGGUUGGUGAGCUGAGGAACUACAUUAUCAGUACAUCCUACCUUCUUCCUAACAAGUGGGUUGCUGUUUAUCACAAAGCAUAAUGCUCAAAUACAUUGGAAUUGUUUUCAAAGCGUAUUUGCAGGAAAAAUUAAACUUUAAAUCUGAAGAUCUCUACAAUUUUAAUAAAUCAAGAAAUUUACUUAAUAAAAAGUCAACAAAUUUUUUUAAAUAUUUUUACACAUACAUUCUUCUUUUGUGAACAUGCAUGGAAUAAUCUGCCCAUGGAGCAGUGUUAACUAACUAAACUGACUUUCAAACAGGUUCUUAUACUUAAGAGUGACAAUAGACUCGCCUGUAAUUAUCAUUCCCUAUCAUUCAUAUAUCAUAGUCAUUAGCCUUCAGGUAUGGAGAGAGAAUUAGGAACAUGUACUUAACUGAAGCACUUAUUCAACACUAAUCAUAUUGUGCACACUUCUUUAGUGGUUGUAUCUUUUGCAGCUCAGAAUGUGUUAAAUAUAGAAUAACCUAGCAAGGCAUAAAGAACCAUACAUACUAAUGUAAUGUAUUGCAUUGAUGAGUAAUUCACCUGUGAAGUAUUCCAUGUUGUUGAGUGGGUGCAGUUAUCAACUCCCUAGCCCCAGUGUUGUCUUCCAGGGGUGUGUGUAAAAUAUUAUGCACAAAGUGUCUAUGGUGUUAAAAUGUGAAUUGUACAUAUAUAUAUUACGUAAAAUUUGUUUAACAAUUAA